AUUUUGCGCUUACACCAAUUUGUCUGGCUGCUUGCGCUUACGCUGUUGCUAUGACGACCGCCGAGAGUAGGAGGGAGCCACAGAAUGGGGAGGCAGUGCCCUACGAUUAAGUAAAAGUGCGGUACAGAGGCGUAGUGCAUAGUAUGGGAGCAUAGCAGGAACGGGGGCACUUAGCAAGCACAGGGAAAUCUUCCGCGCUGGCGAGUGCAUGUGGGGCGAGCAGGAAGCGGUGACAAGGGAAGCUUGUGGGGCAUUAGGCUGCAGUGAGUUAGUAUUUAUUGCUGCGGGAAGCCUGAAGAGAGCAAAGAGAUGUGGCUUGGGGCUUGAGGUAGUAAAGAAGCUUAUAGAUACAGCUAUAUGUCAGCACCGCUGUGCUGAGGUAAUGUCUGGAACUGCAUGGAGCUGCCUGUAAGGGGAAAUCAUAGGAAGGAAAAGGCAACCAGGCGGAUCUCUCGCUUACUGAGCUCCCAGGGCACAGGGGCAGGCAGCACAGUGGGCGUGUAAGUCAGGGCCUUGUCAUAUCAUCCCAAUGCAGCACCGUCCAGCAUCUUUCCCAUUUGCAACGCCUAUAUUUAUUCCUGUCCAUCUAUUGACGCCACCUCAGUGUAGGCACCCUGUUAUGGAUUGUUUUAAGAAAAAAGUGGCUGUAUUCAGUAAUACCUGCUGUCAUUGAUUUUGGCGGAGGGGGCAAAUCAGCACUGAAGUAAGAAGCCAAAAUGGAUGAGGCACAUUGGGAUUUGGAAGACAUAUUUGGCAAGUUAAAAGAUGAAGGACUUCAAUCUGCAGCUUCUGCUGACGAACGCUUAAUAUUUCUAUGGAAUCUGUACCAGGGGAUUCAAACCAAGUUACACACAACAAGGAAUGAGCUGGAGGAGCUUCGUCAACAACAAGCAGAAGAAAUGAAAGAGGUAGAGAGCUAUGUGGCUCACAUCCGGAGCCUUACUGAAGAGAGGGAAGCACUCACUACAGAUUUUGAGAAAGAAAAUAUACAACUCAGGGCCGAAUUAGCAGAAAUGCACAAUCAACAAGAAUCACAGCUGAAGGAAGUGGAGGAAAUGCUGGAUCAAGAAGGUUUAAAUGACAUUGCCAACAGUAGCCCCAGUGAGCAAGUUGCCUAUUUGUUGGUUGAAAGGGCAACUUUAUUGGAGAAACUGGAUAUGUUAGAAAAUCAAAUGGAUUCCCACUUGGAAAGCUUAAGCAGUAUAAACCGACAGGAAGAAUUGGAACAAAUUCAUAAGACAUUAGAGGAAGAACUUUAUCAACAACGAGAAACUAUGAAGCGCACAAAGGAAACCCUUAGCAAGGCGCAGCUGUUCCCUGUUAAGAAUCCUUGGAAGAAGUUGUUUGGAAUCCAUAAAAAUGCAGACAAACUGUCUGCUGAUCGUUCCACAUUUGAAGAAGAGGUUGCUAAAGAAAAGAAAAAAAAGGAAGGUUUGGAAAGAGAUUUAGAAGAAGCAUCUCACAGGCUACAGAUGGCACAUGAUGAGAUCCGCAAACUGACCGAAGAGCUGCUAAUUAAAAAGAAGGAAAUAACUGAGCUUGAGCACAUUUUACAGAAGAAACAACAGGAAAAUUAUGGGCUUAGGGAAGAACAGAAAAUGGUUAAAGAAAAUGAUUUACUGGAACUGCAGAAGGCAAAACAGCAUAACAGCAGACUGGAUAAAGAAAUUUUAGCAUUACGCAGUCGUAUUAAGUUGCUGGAUUCGGAAAGGAAAAAGAGCUCGGAGGAAAGUGAAAUAAGCAAGAGUGAAUCUGCAGAGAAAUCUCAACACAAUCAAGAAAAGACCCCCCAGGACAAUACAUUUCUCCAUAAAAGAUAUCAGCUUGAAAUUGAAGAAAAAGAAUGUCAGAAUAAAGCAUUACUUCAUAAACUACAGAAGCUGCAGAGCAAGUAUGAUGAAACUGUGGAGCGCAACGAAGAGCUGGAAUCUAUUUUGGGAGAGACUCAGAAUCAAACAAAGGAACAAAUCAGUUAUUUAGAAUGUGAAGUUGAAGGUUUACAAAGAACAAUCAUGAAUUUAGAGGCCCAGCUGACCAAACUGCGUGAAAAGAGUGAUGCAACUGGGAAAGACCAAGUAAUGGAACACCAUAUCAAAAAGGGAGUGGAUUUACAGCAGAGUUCAUCUCUUACCAAUGAGUGCAAAUGGUUAAAAGAGAAGCAGACAUCUAUGUCAGCUAUGCUUUUGGAAAAAGAACAAAUUUGCCAUCAGUUAGAAGAGAAGAUUGAGAGCCUUGAGAAUGAGAUGUAUGCUAUGAGCAUCGCACUAGCAGAAAGCAAAAAAAAAUCUGAAAUAUUGCAGAAGAAGAUAAAUGAAGGGAUGGGAGAGAAUCAAAAACUUUGGGAAGAGAAUAUCCAUCUCCGACAAGAUGUUAACACCACAAGGCAGGAGCUUCAAACCAAACGAGAAGAGAAUGCACGGAUAAAGCAAGAGAUUCUGAAUAUGCAAGAAAAAGUGCCUAGACCACAGAUCUGUGCAGAUGGAGCAGAAGAAAUUGUUCCAAAUCUCUUAGCAGGAGACACUCUGAUCCAACAACAACAUGAGGAAAUCCGCCAGCUGCGCCAAGAUCUACACAGAGCCCAGCAUCUGUGCAGCUCAGCAGAGAAAGAACUACGAUAUGAAAGGGACAAAAACCUGGAUAUCAAGAAGCAACAUUUCUGUCUGGAGCAAGCCAACACUAUGGUCAGUGCAGAAUUAAACCAGCUCAAACAGAAAUUUGCUAAUGUAACUGCAACAUGUUUAAAACUUGAAAAUGAACUAGAAAUGAAGCAGCAGAGAAUUAAAGAGAUGGAACUUGAGGUACUUAAGCAAACCCAGAUAUCCAAAGUGCAAAACAACUGGCAAGAAAAGCUUGAGCAUGAGAAGUCUCAAGCCCAUGAAGCAGAAAAAAAGAUAUUAGAACUGCAGCAGCAAUUAAGAGCUUCUCAGCACCAACUGCAGCUUGUACAAUCCCAGGUAGCAGAAAGAAAACACUUAGAAGAAGAAAUGAAAAAUGUCAGAGAAAAUGAAACGGCAUUGAGGACAAAACUGCAAGAGGAACAGUUGAAACGAAAAGUUUUGGAACAGAGCUGCCAAGAUCUUAAGCACCAAAUGGGAAUUCUUUUUGACAAAGAGACAGUAUUAACUCGGAAUAAUUCUGCCCUUCAGCAUAAAAUUCAUCAACAAGAAUCUCAGCUACUUAACUUGGACGAUGUACAAACUGUGUCAGCAAAGGAGCGGAUCCAGAUUGAGAAUACAAACCAGAAACUGACUGAGGAGCUUCUGCACGUGCAGCAGGAGAAGCAACAGCUGCACAAAGAAUAUGAGAAUAUUCUGAAACAGCUGGAUGAAUAUAUUAGGAAAUAUCACGAGAAGGAACUGCGACAUAAAGCAAAACUAAGCCAUGCAAAGGAAAUUCAUAUCAAUGAAGUGAAUCAGAUGGAUCUGUACAUUAAACAGCUGGGAAUGGAAAUUAAAUUUCUGAAAAGCCAAGCAGAAAAGGAUCAGCAGUGGAUCAGCAAAAUUACAACAGAAAAUGAGCAUCUCAAUGAGGAAAAAAGGAUUUUGUUACAGAAAAUGAAUGAACAUGAAGCAAUGGAGAGAAACCACAAAUGGGAUUUGUUAUCAGCGCAGAACAGGGCACAUAUACUUGAUGAAGAAAACCGAGAAUUACAGGAAGGUCUGCUUCAGCUUUAUAACCAAGUCUCAUCACUGGACCGAGUAUUAAAGAAAAUAAAAGCUCUUAAUAUAGAGGAAAUUACAAACAUGAUACCAUCAGAAUUACAUAUUUUACAUCUGCCAAAAGGAAGUUUUUCAGCUAAUGGAAUCCCCAGUCCUUCAGGGAUACUGAAAGCCAUUGGAAGCACUGAGAUGCAGAACCCUGUGGACUACAAAGAGUCACUUUCUUUUUCCAUUACCCCCACUUCAGAUAUUGGAUAUUUAAAUGUAUCUUCCCCAGGGGUUGCAGCUACAUCCCCAGAACCAACCCCGAAUGAAGGGACAUUCAGCGAGACUGUGCAAACCUUUCCCUAGGUUUUAUAGUGCAGGCUGGCUUUUGGGACAUUUCUAGGUGCCUUCUACAGCCUUGAUGAAUUGCUGCUAACAUGACUAAAAGAAAGCUAAAAACCACUAUUGGAAAUACUGUAGAUAACAAUCACUGGGUAGAAACACAUUUAAAUAUUUUACUAAGGUUUUUAUGUUUUCUAAUAGUACAUUAAACAUUUUAAAAAAAUA